AUUUUCUCAUUUAUGGCAGUUCUUAUUAUACGGUUGCCUCGCACUUAUACUAUGAAAAAAAAAAAAAACUUUACGGAUAAUCUAUUCAUAUUUUGAACAUUUUUACAUAAAUUGUUCUAAAGCCACGAAGAGCACAAUUGAUUGUGAUUAUAAAUAAUCACCGGUUCACGCGGAAAAAUUCUGGCCAUUCCAUAAUCAUGGCAGACCCCGCCUACGAGCGAGUAUUGUGUGUUAAAAAUGAAGUUCUUGUUUACAAAAUUCCUCCUCGGCCAUCUAAUAGAGGAUACAGGUUCGUUUACAAUAUGACCCUUUCACUUAAAUCUAUAUGGAUCGCUAUUGUCAACUGAACAUCUUUGAAAAUCUAUUUUAAUUAAGCUGGUGUGAUGCCGAAAAGAAAACGAAAUGGUAAAACUCCGGAGAAGAAAAAAAACAACUCACUCAACUAGUAUUAGUUGACAUAUUUUUGUUUACGAAUUGUUAUCAUACGUAUAAAAAUGACUGCAAUCAUUUUUUUAAAAUAAAAUAGAACCAGACAAAUAAAUCAUUUGCUAUUUUUACUUUUUAGUCGCAGUAAAAUAUGUAAAUAUGAGUAUUGUCAGUCACUGUGACUGUGUCAACACGUCACACUACUCACACUCGCAGUCAGUGAGUAACAACAGUCACAUCAGACUCCUCAACUCUUACUAUAGACUGCUCAAGCAUAGGCCCAAAACGUAAAAUUUUUAUGUGGAACAAGGCAGAUGUGGGAACCAUUAAACAGGACCUAAGAACAUACGCAGUCGAAAUUGACGAAAUAAAAACCAAUCAACUUUCACAUCAAACUUAGGGAGUUUCUGGUAUAAUUUCAAGGACAGGAUAAGGGGCCAUCCAUAAAGGAAUGACGUCCCCGCCAUCGUCACAAAAAGUUAGAACCCCCCCCCCAAAUAUAACGUCAAAAUCUCUGCACCCCCUCCCCCUUUUAAAAAGUCCCUGUGUCCACUUUACAAACCCUAAAGAAAUUCACCUCCCAUGGAUAUCAAAUCACUGCACCUGUGCCAGAGACAUUUCACUAGAUCAGUGGUUCUUUAAUAGGGUACAUGUACCUCCCCAGCCCUGAGGUGCGGGAGACCAAAAAAUUGUAUUCAGUGGCGUAGCUAGGGGGGUGCGGACCGCUCCGGCCGACACUAUCUCAGGCAGACUCAGGGUGUGAAACCAAAUUGAAAGAUAGCAUAAUUACAGAGCACACACUGAUCGGUCUAACCGAAAUUCGUAAAAGGAUAACAUGACACGUACAUUUUCCACCCAUGGAACCAAUCAAAAUGCGUGUUUAUUUCGUUAAUAUUAAAAUUUCAAGGUUGAUGCGUCAGCAAUUAGGUCAGAAACACACCAUUUGACCAUGUUUCACAGCCGAAUGAAGUUUUCUGCAAUUUUUUUAAGCGGAAGGAAGCUAUUUUUAUCUAAAUUCUGAUAAAUAAAAUUAUCCUUUGAUAACAAUGGGCGAUUCUAAGAAUGUUGCAGUUCUUAAAUACAUUUACCUCUUGACUUUCAAUUAAUUUUGUUGUUCUUGUAUUUCUUAUACUUUGGACUAAGUUUAACAAGAAGAAAUACAUCGUAAAAAAAAAAGUAGGGGGGGUGUUGACACCACGAGCUUACCGGACCGGGUGAUACCAACUCUAGCUACGCCACUGAUUAUAUUUGCUGCAAUUGCUAGUUGUUGCUGCUUUUAAAAAAAAAAAAUUAACGGAUUUUGAUUAGCAGCAGUCAAUGGUAAAUUUUAUUGGCCCAUUGUGUGUAUUGGUAAUUUUUUCCCCUGUUUAUAAAAAGUUAAUUAAAGAAAUAAAACUACGAUAACUAAAUUAUUUAAAAUUUUAUUACAAUGUAAUUUAUACGGUUGGAGGAGGGAUUUGUAAAAUGGAGUGGGCCUGCAACGCUGCAAAAAAGAUUAAGAAUCCCUCCUCUUGAGCUUUUACUAAGAUACCCCCCACCCCGCGGUCAACCUUUUUUUUCCGCUCCAUCCCACUUUUCCUGUCCAGAUUUAGCCAUAAAUUCUCACGACUGUCAUUGUAACUACUUUCCGAUUCUCCUACUACUGGGCGUCCUGUAACUUGAUCAAAGGCCAUUCUUCGGCCCUCUCAGUGAUAGUAGUUUUAAAAUGAAAUAUUUAUAGUUGCUUUGUUUUUUUUAAAAUAAUGUUAAAAAUGUCUGUAAUUCAGCGUUAUGAAGUGAAAUUCUUUACUACAACAUUCUGCUUUUCAUGUGACGUCACAUGGCUUGAGGCCCCCCCUCCCCCUCGUCACACAUUGUCACAAAAAUCUGGACCGGAACCCCCCCCCCCGACGGGUGACGUCAUUUAUGGAUGACCCCUAACAAAUUUCAGACCUGUUGACCUAUAGGCUUUUGCUGCAAUAACUAUGUUUUUAAGCAUGAGGCACUAUGAUGAGCGUAAAAAAAGAACUACGGUUUCGGGAGUUUUUGCAUAUGGUUGACUUAAUUUUAAUUUUUUUAAAAUUGGUAUGUAAUAUAAAAGCUACCAAAUUUUGUGUGUGUUAACACUAUAAGCAAUCGAAUAAGAAUAACUGUGACUUUGCGGUCUCGAUAUCAAUAAACCAAGCAGAAUAAUAUCUUUCAGAGAAUUGCAUUACUACUUAACUGCCAACAAACAAAUGUGCAGGACUAUAUUCUUUAUAUUUAUUUGUGUUAACUUACAUUGGCAGUUGAGUGGAUUUCCUUACACAAUUUGUAUUUUGAUUGCAAAAAAAUGCAGGAUCAUCAGGAAAGGACAAAUAUAGGUACAAGCACUUACAGAAUGAAGUUAGAUAUGCUAUUAGGAACGCAAGAAAAACUUACCUUGAAAACAUAUAGAGAAUUUCACAAAGUCUACUAAUAAAGAUCAAUACUCGAAGGUCGCGAGAGUCUAUCUCUUAUGACCUUGGCCGUGAAACAUAGCCCAGUAGUCCCUGGGGACUCCGGCCAUGCAACUCGGUCUAUAGUAAGAGGGGGGUUGGAACAGCUUUACUUCCUCUCCGGAGAUGCGUUGCCACCACCACUGCCCGGGAGCUGUACGUUUUCCCUAGUGUGGGACGGCUUUACUUCCACUCCGGAGAUUGCAUUGCCACCACCACCGCCCGGGAGCUGUCCGUUUUCCUUGGUAUGGGACGGCUUCACUUCCACUCCGGGAGUAGUCACGAGCUUAACUUUCUCCCACCGUUCCUAAGAGUCGUACGAGCAAGUUUGGUUCCCAACGAUUUGUUUCCCCCCGGGGAGGCGUUACGUUGCCUCAAACCCACGUUUCUCCGGGAGCGUUUCGGACAGGACUGUGAAGGGUUAGAACGGCUUUAGCUUCCUCUCCGGGGGAGGCUUUGCGUUACCUCAACCCACCGCUCUGGGAGCUGUUCGGGCUAGACGUGGCGAGGACGAAACGGUCACCUAGGGGCGGCUUUCUCAGGGCCGCGUCUUUUAAAUCACUGGCAAUGAAUCUCUUCACUGCCUCAUACCCAUAACCGGCAACACGUAAUCAUGUUAGCGCUUAACUUCUGUUGCGUUAGAAAUCAUGCGUUUUGCAGUGUGUGAUCUUUGGCUUCCGGGAGCACGCCCGUACUAGUCUUCCGUGCCGCGAAGAGGCAGAUCACGUGCGACAUUGCCUCGAGCAUGGCAAUGUGACUUUCCCUCGAUUCAGCAAGCUGUCUCGAGGGAAACGUCGAAGCACAAAGUCUACUAAAAAGUUCUUGUCACAUGUGAAGAGUCAACGCCAAGAAUCAGAUGGAGUUGCCGCAUUAAAGAAAAAAGACGGUUUUCUUUAGAGUGAUGGUAAAAGUAAAGCAGAAAUCCUUAAUUAUUAAUUAUUAAUUUCACUCGAUAUUUACAGUGGAGGAUACCCAGUCAGUCCCUAACAAAGGCGAGAGCAACUACCCAGCCAUGAACAACAUAGCCAUCUCAGAAGCAGGAGUUUUUAACUUUUGAAUAAACUGAGUCCUCACAAGGCCACCAGAUGAAAUCCCAGCAAUCCUAUUGGAGAAUGAAGCAGAGGAACUCGCCCCAAUCUUUACAAAACUGAACCAAAUGGAGCUUCAUUGUGGAAGUGUACCACAUGACUGGAAAAAGGCCGUAGUUGUCCCAGUCUUCAAGAAAGGUAACAAACACGAACCUGAUAUUGACCAGCCUGUUUUUCUGACAUCAAUUACCUGCAAGAUCCUGGAACAUAUCAUCCAUAGCACAGUUAUGAAACACCUUGAAAGGCAAAAACAUCCUCACUGAUGUUCAUCAUGGCUUCUGUAAAAAUCGCUCCUGUGAAACUCAAUUCUUAGUGACAUUGCAUGAUAUGGCACAAAACCUUGCCAAUGGCGAUCAAGUAGACACAGUCUUACUGGACUUCUCUAAAGUAUUCAACGAGGUUCCUCAAUGAGAUGAAGUUUCAAAGAAAUAUAAAUAUAAUUUCUUAUAAAACUAAUUUCAGUGUACACUAUCAUCCUCAUCAAACUGCCGUUUCUUACUGUUCUAAAAGUUAUCAAUUUUAUAACUAUGCAUUUCAUUUCCAUCACACAACAGAGCAGAUGAGUGGAAGCUUGAGAGCCCAGAUUGGACAGGAAGAUUACGAGUAGUAUCUAAAGGCAAAGAACUUUUAAUAAAAUUAGAGGACCGAAACAGUGGUAUGUUCAAAAGAUAAAUUUAUUCUUUUUUUUAAAAGUUUACAAAUUAAUUUUCCAUUGUAUCACAAGAUACUGUUUAAAUUGUACUGUAUUUUAGCAGGUUUUGUGUGUGGUAUUUUUAUAAAUUAUAUUGGUAUUUCACCAUACCAGGAGAACUUUUUGCACAAUGCCCAGUAGAUUCAUAUCCGGGAAUAGCAGUAGAGUCAGUGAUGGACUCCAGCAGAUAUUUUGUAAUUCGUAUCAAGGAUGAGAGUGGUAAGUUUGUUCCACGAAAUGAAAAUAAUUGAAUUGUUUCCUACUUAUAAAGCUUCUGCUAAAUCCUUUUUCUGAUUUUUCAUAGUUCCUAUAUGGUCCACACUAAAUAAAAAAUACCUGUUAAAUGACUAGAAAGAUAAGUUAAAAUUAUGAACUUCUAGGAUAGGAAUCAAGAUAGGGAUAUAAAGCAGUUUUAGAAAUGUUACUGUUCAAAUUAGAGUGAAUAUACUUGCUGGUCCUUUUGAAAUUAAAUAGCUCAGUCCAAUGUAUGUCUCAAGGAAUAGGAUGUAAAUCUGUCAGUGAUCAUUGAUGAAUUAAAUAUAUUGUGUUUUAAAUUUUCCUAAGCCUAUAUUAAAUGACUGGAACAACUAACCCACAAAUUGAUCAUCCCAUUUUGUAUGACUUUUAUAGGUAGAAGUGCAUUUAUUGGCAUUGGCUUCCAUGAUAGGGCAGAUUCUUUUGACCUGAAUGUGUCAAUUCAGGAUCACUUUAAGUAAGUUGUUCAAUGCGUUCUUUUUAAAAUUUGCUAUCAGGCGGAUUAAUAAUUGGGCUUAUUUGAGACGCUUUACUAACUUACGCUACAUAUAACAUCUUUUACAAGCUUUCUAGAAGUUUUUAUUAAAAGGCUAGGUUCUUUAAUGUUAUUUUUGUUUAGCAUAAUAGACUAAUGUUAAACAAUUUUAGCAACACUGCAGUAAAAAAUAAAUAGCCAUAUGGUUUAAAUGUAUGCAUUUAUUAAUGAUAUACACAUUUAGCUGUUAUGUCAGUUUUAGGUUUAGGACUGCACUAUCCUCUUGAUUUGCAUUGGGUUUACAUUCUGAUAAAACACAGUGCAGUUCAAAAUCAGGCUGUGUUAACCUCAGUUUGCAUAUAAUAGUGUCCCAUCAAUAUAGAAUGCUCAUUUAUUAAAGUAAGCUCUAUUUAAAUUUAAAGCUCAAAAUUUUUACAGCCCUUUCCUGAUUACGAUUCUUGACUACCUAACAGUACUAUCUAGGAAUGGCGCUAUAAUAAAACAUGUAAAUUGAGUGGGCAUCACAUGAUACAUUGGAUUAAAAAUUGCUCAUGUUGCUACCUUACUUUCAAAUCUGUGAUUAUAUUUACCCCAUCAAAUGUGUUAAGUCCUUCAUAAUUCUCUGUUGUAGGUGGCUGAAACAAGAGGCAGAAGAAGAGAAGAAUGCAAGCACUGUAGAGACUGGUCCAAAGCUUGAUCUUGGCUUUAAAGAAGGGCAAACAAUCAAGCUAAAUUUAGGUGUAAGUAGUAAUGACGGAUUCUAGGUCUUUCAAGCUCAAGAGUGUUUAUAUUCUUUCCAAACUCAACAUGCAUGAAAUAAAAUUAGAUCUAUGGGUAAGCCCCAAAUAGUGGUUUUUAAACUAGGCCAAAUGUAGAUAUUCAUCCACAUAACAAACAGCAAGGAAACUUUUGGCACAAAAUAUUGUGUUGAAAUGGUCUAAAAAUGGGUAUUUCUAACUCUGAUAUUAAUUGGUCUAAUGGAAAUAAUAUCGAUUCAUUUUUUUACUUAAAUGACGGUUUAUGGCAUUAAUGCCGCUGACAUUCAAUUUCUUUCAUUUUAAUAAAAUAAGAUUCCAGAUUUAGAUUAUUGUUUUUUUUUGCUUUUUGAUAGUUUUUUUUUAAAAAGUGUAGUGCUUUUUCACCAGACAAAGAAAGGAGAUGGUUCAAAACUGCGUAAGCCUGUUGCUGGGGCAUCUGGGUUUGGACUUCUUCCUCCUCCUCCUGGGGGUUCCAAGUUACCACCACCAGUUUCAGGACUAGCUGUGACGAUUCCACAACAACCUGUCACAUUCCAUUCAGUAAGUGGGUCAGAAUCAAAACACAUUCAUUGAGCUAAAAGGUACAAUGAUUUAUUUCUGAGGUGUUAUUACAGCAAUCAUUUUAACAGAAUGUCUUCCUCUAAAAUAUAAUUUUAAAAUGUUAUAAAACUUUCAAAUAUCUUAACUACGGGCAGAAAAUAAAAAGCUUACAUUGUUUGAGUCUCAUGCUCUUUGUACCAGUUGCUCGUAUUUGCAGUGACAGUCCAACCCCUCAAUUUUUGUAUUCAUGCAUUGAAUUGUUCCAUUACGAAUGAAUAUAGACCAAAAACAUUGAAUUGUAAUAUAAUGUAAAUAUGCAGUUGAAUUUCUAUAAUGAAACAAAAAUAGUUGUUACUUGAAUGAAAGGUAAAAACAUUAAUAAUCAAAAAACAUUACAAGCUAAGCAGGCGACCAACCCAUCCGAUUUUGUUGGAGUUAUGCAGAUUUUUUUACCACUUAUUCCAACCUUCCAACAAACCCCUUAAAUUCUGAUUUUCCGAAAAUUGUAAUUUUUCACCUGUCAUAAAAAUCCAAGUGUCCAAAAAAAAUAAAUCUGGUAUGACAGGAGGUAGUGCAUUUUUAUGAUGCCACUUCCUUUGUUUUUACGAAGUGUCUACAUGUCCAGCGACUGGACGAAUGUGCUCUCAGCCUUGUCACGUGACCGCUAAUAGUCUAUCAGAGUUUACAGCACUUCAUCUCAACAAAUUCAAGAUAUUCUGGACAUUUACAGGAAAAAGAAAUAGGUUUAAUUCUGCAAAAGAAAUACUAGAACCAUUGCUGGUAUAUAUAAUGAAUAAAUGGUUAAAAAGUGACUAUGUUAAAUAAAGCGUGACAUAUCGCCGGAUGAAUAUCUCCCACACUAUUUGUCAAGUCGCCGGACGUGUAGACACUGCCUUGUUUUUAUCAAAGGGAACCGCGAUCUCCGAAUCAUUCAUUAAUGAUUAAUUGAUUUGAUUGUGAUUCAUCCUUUUACUAGGCUAAAAAAUAAUUCAGUCGUGUUGUGCCUUUUUUUUUUUUUUAACGCUCUCUUAACUCUUUUCAUUCCUCUUUUAUAGAGAGCGUACAACUAUAUACGUUGGUUAUUUUCGCUAAUAAAAUAUUGUCUUUUUUAUUUUUUAAUUGUUCUAUACCGAUUUAUCAUACAUUUGGACAUUAAUGAUUAAUUGAUUUGAUUGUGAUUCAUCCUUUUACUAGGCUAAAAAAUAAUUCAGUCGUGUUGUGCCUUUUUUUUUUUUUUAACGCUCUCUUAACUCUUUUCAUUCCUCUUAUAUAGAGAGCGUACAACUAUAUACGUUGGUUAUUUUCGCUAAUAAAAUAUUGUCUUUUUUAUUUUUUAAGUGUUCUAUACCUAUUUAUCAUACAUUUGGAAGAAAAAUAUAUAAAAAAAUAAUAUUUUAAGUUUUUAAAUAAAAAUUGAUGUUUUUUUGCGAGUUCGAGGUUCACGUGAUAUGCCGAAGCGCUACUCGCCAUUUUGGGAAAAUUUGUGCAAGACGCUAGUUGACUCGGCAGCCCAAAAUUUGAAAUAAUGAAUACUGCUGACGAAAAUAAUGAUCAAAUUUUAUCUGAAACAUCUGGGAAAGAUAGUUGGGAACCUGAAUCUAGUGACUUUGAUUCAGAUUUUGAUGAGAGUCUGCCUUUAUAGCCCAUUAUAGUCACUAAAACUAGAAGGUUAGUAAUCGAGUGUUUCGUCAUUCUAUAUUUUUUAUAGAUUUUUAACUUUUAUUUUUAUUUUAUCGUUUUCAAUUGUAUUUAUAAUCAUAAUUGAAGUAUUUACUACCCAUUUUAAAAUGAAGCUACGCAAAUAAAAUCAUUGUAUAAUUUGUGAAUAUUUUAUGACAUAAAUAAUUUUAGAAGACAUUAUGCUUAGAAACUGUUGCUAAGGAAUGUAAACAAUGCAGUUGGCACUGAUUAUUAUGAUAUAUUUCAUCCUAGAGACCAUGAAAUUUGACAUCCAUGUGUGUUAUAAAAAAUUAAUUAUCUGACACUCAUUUGUUUUUUGGUCAUAGCGGUUUUUAGACAGUAUUUAAAGUAUUAAAAACUUGAAAUUUAAGUAAGUAUAAAUUUUAUAUUCAUUGCAUCCCUAAUAGUUGCAUCAUAUAGGUCUAUAAUAUUAGUUCUUCUUUUUCGUUCACAGGCUAGGCUUGCAUGAGGUUCGAGAUGAUGACCCACUGGUUCCCACUCCUAAGUUUCGUCCAGCCAGAAAGCCAGGCUGACAUGUGUGGGAAGAAAUGUCAUCAUAACAUGGCUACAAUCUGCACCCUAAAGUCUAAGGAUUUUCAAGAUAUGUUUCACACUGAAUUUGGUUAAAACAUUUGUCAAAUACACCUAUUCAACUACAAUGGGACCUUCUAAACCUUCCAUCAACUGUGGUUUGUUGAUAUCUCAACAACAAACCACUUUUACACAUUUCUAGGACUACUAAUGUGGAUGUCAACUGUACAAGUCCUCAGUGUACAAAAAUACUCGUCAACCGCAACAAUGUUGCAUUACUACCAUGAAUUGUGGUCUCAUGGCCUAUUGCAAUAAACAGAUUUAUUCAAAUAAGACAUUCUUCAAAGUUUAUAAUAUUGAAACAGACAAUGAGGACAAAAGUGCAAAGUGAACUUGUCAGACUUUAUCAGAAGUAAAUAAAGAUAAAAACCAAAGCAAUGUGAUAUGAUGUGAUGGAUAAGAGAUAAUAUAAUUUAUACCAUGUUCAGUGGAGAGAAAAGCCUCACUUAUUUCAAAUAGUAUGACAGCAAAUGGAUUUUCUUUUGUGAACAACACCAAAACUGAUUUGUGUCUUUCUAGGCAAUUAUUGGGGAGAAAACCAAAUAUUGUCUCAUCAGAUUUUGAAAUCAUACAAUUCAUUCCUGUGACCUGUGUGGUGUUGACCAGUUGAUAAAUGAAUAUAUCAUUCUAAGUAAAGAAAACAGCACUGGUCCAAUCCCUUUUUCCAUUUUGUUGAGAAUGCCAGCUAUAAUCUGUUCAGGAUUGUUCAAAAGAAAUCUAUGAUAUAGAUGAACUGAAGCCACCUGACAUUUUAUUCUCAAUUGACUUCACCGAGGAAAUUAUUUUAGCAUUUGAUAAUUUACUAAAAGUGAUGCAGUUCCAAAUGCUGCAAAUGUAAAUAACACCAAUUACAAUCUAAAUGCAAUAAUUCCUGAUUGUAUAGAUUUUAAAAGCAAUUGUCGGAGUGCUAGUGCUAUAAAUUAGGAAUGCUAAGACAAUAAAAUUAUAAAUCAAAUAUAGCGCAUGGUAAAUUUUAUCUUUGUUAAAAAAAAAGAAACUUUCUAACGAACAGUACCAUGAAGUUUAAAAUCUCUAUUAUAUUUUAAAAUCUUGAAGUAAUUUUUAAAAGGUAAAAUAAUAAUAACCUGUAAUUUUUGUGAAUACUUGGUUGGGGGGGGGGUGAUUUUUAUUUUUUAAAAAUUAUUUCCCCUUUUUGACACAUUUUAACAAAAAAAUUAUAUUUUGGUCAAAUUCUCAUGAAAUGUUCUAAAUCAUGCAUAUAAUAUAAGAAAAUGAAUUUGCUUUCUAAAUAAACAGAUUUUAUUAAAUAAUUUCAUGUGGUUUGUUUUUUCCUUUGGUGUAAUCACCAAUUUUUUUUUAACACAUUUUCAUUAAAAAAACAAUUGCAUUUUUUUUUUCACAACUUCUAAGUAUUGACACUAUGUGUUUGAAAACAAAUAUUUUUAGAAACCCCCACAAUAAUAUAUAUAACAUCAUGAAUUUUAGACAAGGAUUUUAAAAGUUAUUGACUCUUUUUUAAGGUCACUAGAAAUCUUAUGAAAAACAUGCAAAAUUCAAGGAAUGUAAAGAGUUGAUUAAAUGGAUAAAUCUAUUGAAAGUGGUGGAUAAAUGAUAUUAACAUGUUUUAACACACAAAAAACAUACAACUGCAGUUAAGCAGGUGAAUCUACAACAUCCAUGUCUAAUUUCUUUGCUAAGGAAUUGGACGAUUCAGUUAUCAGAUCAGAAGUUUUAUUUACCGCAUAUCUUAUUGAAGGAAAUAAGUCUCUCAAUCGUUUUACUGCCAGAGUCAAAGAAAUUUUUCCAGACUCGCAGAUUGCUAGAAGAUUGGGAAGAAAAAUGACAAUGAAACAAGCGCAAGCCUGAAAGUUGAUACUGAUACUCUUUCUAACUUCAUUUAUAACUAAAAUUAAUUGCAGUGCUAACCUUCAUUGUCCAAAGAGCUGUUGGACAAGUGCAAAAAGGCCACUAGGGAGAUGCUUGAAAACUCUUAGCAGCCUGUAUACAUAUGUAAAUAAAAAUGGAUAGUCUGUUCUUUAUAUAAACAUUUCCAGUCAUGUUAUUCUCAUUUUCUGUGGACUCCUCAAAGACAAUGGAGGUAUCUUUAUAUUUCUUUAUUUACUAAAAAAAAAAGGCUUGUGGCACUCGUGCGUUAGUAUGUAGAUCUUAAACCACCACCCCCCUACAGAUUAGUUUUCAUGGCAGGUCUGAAGUAGAGAUGCAUGAUGUUUCAAUCUGAUCUUCCUCUUCUCAUUUUCAUGAGUGUAGGAUUUAGUUAAAACAGAAUAAUUCCUGAAAGGAACAACAACUCCACUUCUCAUUUGAUUUAUUGAUUCUGAUUUAUCAUACAUGCAUUUAAUUUUUUUUAUUAUAAUUUUUUUUUUUCAUAUUUGAGGGCCCACUGUAAAUUUAUUGAUCAUUUUGGCUCCUGGUUUGGAUUCAGACUUUGCCUUCUCUUAGAUGAGUUGCCGUCCUAAGCUAACGAGUCCCAUCCACCUACAUGCAAAGGAGCCAAAAUGAUCAAUAAAUUGAUCAUGUGCCCUUAAUAUAUAGAAGAAGAAGAAUAUAAUAAUCACUAUUUGGAUUCCAAUCAGACUUUUUACUAUAUCAAUGUAUUGGGUUUGACAGAAGUUUUUUUAUGUGUUUUAGUCCCCAGCACAGCCCCAAGCUAUUGACCUAUUACUAGACAUUGGAUCCUCAGAACUUGUACCAAAUGCUCAGAAGCCUCCAGUUACCCAGAAUCCACCUGACUUAUGGGGAGAUUUUACUAGUGCAAGCGGGUGAGCUUUAUAUCGUCUACAGCCCAAUUUCUAGACCUGCAUCACAGCUUGUUAAAAUUUUAGUACAGUUCAUCAAAUAAAUAACUUGUAGUCAUUAGAUUUAGAAAGUCAGCAAAUAUUUUUUGUUAAAAUCUAUCCACAUGAAAAAUUAUUAAUUUUCUUGUUUCUAAUAUCAUACCGGUAUGGACGCCGUUUGGAUAAAAAGGUUAAAAUCGGUCUUUAGCACUUGUCGUCUUGGGGAUAGAAAGUGUUAACACUAUCACCUACCCAUGUCCUUCCAUGCCUCCUUUGUAAUCUCUAUUGAAUCUGAAUAUUAAAAUUAUGUUACUUAAAGUUAGUCAAUAUUAAGACACUGAGAUUUCAAGAACUUAUAUAUGUGCUUUAGGUAAGGAUGCACAGAUGAAUGAUUAUUUGCAGUUUUUUGCCAUCCAGUGUUGGGCAGAAUUAUAUUUACGGUGACAAGAGACAUUCUGUUCCCAUGACUAAAUCGUUAAGCCAAUAGGUCGCUAAUUGAAUAGCUUAUUUUUUACAAAAUAAAGAAAAUGGGGGGGGGGGGUUCUCUGCAUAUGUUCAAGCUGUUGUUAAAUAACAAGUUGAAGCUGAACGAUGACAAAACAGAAGCACUCCUCAUUCUCAAUCAUGAAUUAUCCUCUAACUCAGCUCUUCCCCAUCUCAUUUCAAGUAGGUAGCUCCGAUAUAGAGUUCACAUCCUCUGCUAGGAAUUUUGGUUACACUCUUUCUGACAACAUGUCUCUCAAUAAUCAUAUUUCUCACAUCUGUCGCUCUGCGUACACUGCUAUCAAUUUUUUUCUGGUUCCUGCCCUUCCUGUCUUACUGAAAUUCUUUCUGUCUAUUCACCCCUUCGAAAGCUUAGUUUCUCUGUAGACGUGUAUUCUUUGUGUUCCCGGACCACGCACUAAAACUUGAAAGAUCUUUCUGUGCCCCAAAACAAUGGAAUUCUCUACCAUUACACAUCUGCAAUAUACCGACCAUCCCAGCCUUCAAAACUGCCCUCAAGGCCCAUCUCUUCAAACUGUACCACACCCACUCAUUCUCAACCCCCCUCUAACUGAUAAACAGCGCUCAAUGCUGCUGGGUGCUGUCCAUGGCUAGACAUGGGUAGAGAGUACUUGGGUGGGUGAGGUCAAACUUUUUACCAAUUGUUGCUUUUAAAUGUAUAAUUUUCUGUAAUUGCUCAUUUUUGUGUGAAGCGCAAUGAGCCUAGGCCUAGGAUUGGGUACUGCGCUAUAUAAAACCACCUUAAUUAUAAUAAUAAUAGUUUAGUGAGAAGUUCCUGUAGUUGUAAACUUGUGCACAAAUAAUCUUGAAACCAAUACACUUUUCUACCAAGUCAUAUGGCAACAUUGAUUGUGGUUUUCUUAUGCUUUUUCUUUCCAGGUCCCAAACAGCAUCUUCCAACAACAGUGGGGGAGACUGGGUGCAGUUUUGAUGCAGGCCCAAAGUGUGUGUGUGUGUGUGUAUGGUGUGUGUGUGAACUUCCUUAUUCCUGCAACUAUCUGAAACUCUACAAGUUUCUACUUGUCAGUCAUAUGUCUACUAUAGUCUUAAUGUUACUUUAAUAUUUAGGUAGUCAGAUACCAUUUUUGAUGUGUUAAGUGUUUCUCCAGGGUGAGUCUUGAUGAAUGGAAGGGGAUAAAGUUUGUUUCUUGCAUGGCAUUGACUCUGGGUUUAAGAGAUAAAAGUUGCGUGAGUGAAACAUGUUUAUAAAUAUUAGUGAAACUUUUAAAGUAAGAUGGCAUAAAUGCCGGCAUCUGCUUAUUUCAGUCUAUAUGAUUAUCGGCCAUGCUAUUUUGUCACAAACAGGGUUAACUUCCAGGCGAUAAAGAUGCACAAUAUUUUUAAUUAGCUAAAAGCAUUGUUGUCCUUGUACAGGCAAUGGGGGGAAAUACAUCAGUCCAGCAGCUAUUUAUUUCUCUUCAUUAACUUUUCAAUGAUAUUUAACAUUUCAAUAACAUCAGUUCAUUCCAAAUCUGGAACUUGCAAGUUUCUUCAUGCUUCAACAUCAGCACUAAUAGUGAACAAGAUAACUUCAAGGGGCUUACUAAAAGGAAAAAAGUUAAUUUCAGUUAUGAACAAUAUGAAAAUGAAAGCGAGAUAUGGCAAUCAAAUGUACACAAACUGAGGAGAAAGAAAUGUGCCAACAUUUUUCUAUAAGUAUAAGCCUCAAACAAUAAUUUGUGAUUCUAGUUGUAGUGCUUAACAAGCUGGAUCUAAGCAAAUAAAUAAUGGAAAAGUUAUGUCCAGUUAUGUAGGCUAUCAAAGUUGAUUAAGAAAUAUGAUUGUUUUUUCUUCCCAAUAUGUACUGUUUGUGUAACUUUUUAUUGACACUAUUUGUUUAAAUGUUGGUGGUUGUGUUGUGAGAUUUACUCUCUCGGACAUUGGUACAACAGCUGUUUUCAAAUGUUAUUUCAUUGUUUUAUUGCUUGUGUAAGGGUCGAUUUUUUUGAAAGCCAAGAAAAGCCAAUAGCAUUUGCUUAAUUUAUGAACUCGGCUUCAUUUUUUGUUGUCGUUUUUUUCAUGUGGGAUGUUAGAUAUCAGUAGACUGAUGACAGUUCUGUUUGCUUUUGACUAUUUUGAGAAUUCUCAGCAUUCCAUGUAUCACACAUUGUCUUAUCUGUCUCAGAUGAAAUCCCUUUUAUCAUGUUAUUGGUGUGUAAAAUUAAGGUAAUUUGAUGCCAAGAAAUGGCCAAAGCUGUUGGACACACUAGUUUAUAACUAUCAAGCAAAUGUUAGUUGUUAGUUUUCUUGUUUGCUAAUGUUUUACUGUGAGUUAUCAAAGCAACAUUAGCUAUUUGCAUUUUAUCUUCUUUUUUUUUAUACGGUAUAUGAAACUUUAAUAAAUGUGCAAGUGAUCAAUUUUAGUAUGGGGAAAAAAACUUAGGUACGUUAAACAUACAUUAGCUGCCGUGGUUAUAUACCAGGUUAAACUGACCAGCAGUGUUCAUAUUUGUAAGAAAUUUCCAGAAUAUGAUGGCUGUUCCUACAAUAGGAAAUAUGUUUGAAAUGAAGAAUUUUUGCCUUGAAGCAGCUUUAUAACGAGGACAUAAUUUUGGUUCCUGUUGUGCCAUGAGCUGUAGAUGGAAUUGCAGCAACAGUGAUGUGUUUUUUUGUGUGAUAUCUUUGUAAGUUAUCUUAAAUGUUCCACCAGAUCUAAUUUCUGGUGUGGUUAUUGAUAGUAGUAUUAUCUGGUUGUAUUUAUCUUUCUGUGUGUCAUGAAGGGUUUUGAUGUGGCUUGUUGAAAUCCUGUUCUUUUCCAGUGACACAUAGUGAGGUGGUUGUCCCCAGUUUAAUAACUUGAGAAUGACUUUAAUUACUUUAUAACUUCUAGCAACUUUUAAACAUCAAGUCAAGUUAUUAUGAACUCAAAGGAAAUGUUAUAAUUGAGAUUUUUGUUGUAUAUUAGUCAGUAUUUUAGUAAGUGAAUAAAUUCAUUUCUACAUAAAACUGUCUGAAUUUUUAAAAAACUUAUUCAGCCAAUGCAGAUAAUGAUUAGUCUAUUUAGGAUUUUUUUAGUCAUCAAAAUAUUGUUUCUCAAUUUAACCAUCUAAAUAUGCAUAUAAGUAAGAAAAAUAUUACAUUGUGGGGCUAAUAAUAAUAAUGAGUUAAAUACAAUUUUAUCAUGUGAUUGUAGUUAAAACUUGAUGGAACGCUGUAAAAUAAGAUUAUGUGUGUAUAAAGAGGUUAUUGUUACUUCUCUUCCUUAGUAUAACUGAGCUUAAGUGUGUAUUAAUUUAUCAUUUUGCUGAACAUAAUAACUUCUUUAUGUACAAUGUAGACUAUAAAAAUGCAGCAGUAUAAGUUGUUAUUAUUUCAUAAUUGUAAUAAGUUGACUUUCAGAAUCUGAAAGGUAUAAAUAAAAUGUUAAUUUGAUCAACUGC